ACGUGUUUUGCAGGUAAAUUGAAACCUGGCACAAAAUCGUGCGGCUGCUUGGGAUACAAAAAGAUUAGAAUUAAAUUUAAGUACAAGUGCCACUAAAUGGCGGACUUGAGAUGAUUGAUACUAAGGCAAAUUUGAAUUCGCCGUAAAGUAGUAAAUGGUUAUUAUUCUCUAGCUAUCGGAGACUGUAGGUGGUUGGUGAUUGUUGUAUUCUAUAGUUAAAACUUGCCCAUCGCGAAUGCUAGAGUCUCACGGAUGUAAAUAUUCAAGGCGCAAAUGUGUGUUUAACGUGUCGUGUUUGCUUGAUAUCAACUCAACGUCGGUGUGGCAAACAUAGUUUCAAUAAAAUAAAAAGUCUCCCGGUGGUAUGCCACUUAAUUAGUUCAACAUUUCUCCUAAAGUUCAUUAGGCAAAGCAACGAACGAAUCAAAGGCCCAAUAGAGUUCAAUUAAAAGCAUUAAAGGGAUUUCUUUGUAUCACUGCCACCCAUCAUCAUGGAUGCCGAAACGGGACGAGAGUUAAGCUACAUUGAUGGCGUGGAGCCAUCUCAUCAAUAUCAGCAUGACACAGUUGCUGGCAAUGGAGUGGUGGGCGAUAAUUCCAACGAGCCAUCACAAACACGUACCAUAUCUCGAUAUGAGACGCGUGAACGUUUUGUCAUUACCAAAAAUGUUAUAGUGAUUGGCCUGGCCUUUAUGAUACACUUCACAGCAUUCCAUGGCACCUCAAAUCUGCAAAGUUCAGUGAAUUCCGAUAAAGCUUUGGGCACCACAACAUUGGCGGUCAUUUAUGGAUCAUUAAUAUUAUCGAAUAUUCUGCUGCCAAUGACAGUGAUAAGAUGGUUUGGCGUUAAACUUACUAUGGCCUUGUCCCUCUUCGCCUAUAUGCCCUAUAUAGGAGCUCAGUUUUAUGCACGCUUUGUAACUCUUAUACCCGCGGGUCUAAUGGUAGGCUUUGGCGGUGGUCCCUUGUGGUGUGCCAAAUGCACCUAUCUCUCUACGGUGGCUGAUGCCUUGACCCAUGUUGAAGGCCAUAAAUCACAAAAGGAUGAUAAUACUGUAAAAUUUUUUGGUUUAUUUUUUAUUUUCUAUCAAAUGGCUCAAGUUUGGGGAAAUUUAAUAUCAUCAUCGGUGCUCUCAUUAACCAGUGCCGGAGGAGAUCAAGAAAGUUCAGCAAAUGUUACUGACACUUCAAAAUUGGUCGGUGAAUUAUGUGGAGCAAAUUUUUGUCCCAAUGUCAAGGCUGAAGUAAAUCCCAAUUUAGUGCCACCCGAACAAAGUAAAAUACAAUUGUUGAAUUCCAUAUUUUUGGGCUGUAUGGUGGUAGCAGUGGCCUUAAUUAUAUUUGGAGUGGACUCAUUGAAAAGAUAUGGUGACAAAAGAGGCCAAUCAGAUGACAAGGAAAUAUCUGGCUGUAAACUUUUGAUGUCCACUGUGAAUAUGCUGAAAAAGCGUAGACUUUUAUUAAUGCUGCCUAUAACUAUGUUCAUUGGUUUGGAAGAAGCCUUUCUGGCAGUUGAUUUUACCAAGUCUUUUGUGGCCUGUGGCUGGGGUAUCUCGAACAUUGGCUUUGCCAUGAUAUGCUUUGGUGUUGCCAAUGCUAUUGCCGCAGGCUUUGCAGGAGGUGUAGCUGAAAAAUUUGGACGUGUUCGACUAGCGGCACUGUGUGCCAUUAUCAACCUUAUCCUAUUUGUCUACAUGUAUUUCUAUGUGCCCAAACAAGGUGAUUAUCUAAGCUAUUGUGCUUUUGCAGCUGUUUGGGGUAUAUGUGAUGGAGUGUGGUUGGUUGUUAUCAAUGCUUUCUAUGGCAUUUUGUUUCCCAAAAACCUUAUAGCUGGCUAUAGCAACUUUCGGCUGUGGGAAUCCACUGGCUCGGUUAUUGGUUACAUAAUAAGCGCUCAAUUGUGUACAUCAUGGAAAUUAUUGAUUUUGAUGUGUGUCCUAUUAGUGGGAUGUACUGGCUACGGAGUUUGCGAAUAUCGCGUGAGCAGGAAAUACAAGCAAUUAGAGAAUGUAAUAAGCGAAAGAUUAUAGAUAAAAUUGUUAAAAAAAAAUUCUACAUUAUAAAUAAAAU